CCAUCCUCAGGUGUGUGUCGCUGCGAUGGCUCCGCAUCCCUCCUCAACAUGACAGAUUCCCGUGCGUCGGCUCCGUCUGGACUCCAUGAUGAUUUAUGGCCUGAUCCCUCAGGAGUUACACGAGCAGCUCCUGGACCAGCAGAACUUCCAGAACCGGACCCGUGGCGUGGAGCAGCUGAAGAGCCUGGUGGUGGACCUGGAUCUGCAGCAGGUGUCCUCCGCCAGCGUGGACGAGUUCAUCCAGUUCCUGCGCCGGCUUCUGGACGACAGCAACUUCAAGGUGUUGUACGGGACCUUGCAGCUCCUGAACCUGCUGAUCGAGAAGCUGGACCGCGACGUGGACCGGCACUACCGGGAGAUCGCGGCGGUGACCGUGCGGGCGCUGGGGGACUCGCGUAACGUGGCCCGACGCGAGUACAUGCAGGUGUUCCGGCAGCUGAUGAGGGCGGUGGGGCCGCGGGCCGUGCUGGAGCUCGUCGUCGCUCAGCUCCGCCACAGGAACUCCAGGGUUCGGGAGGACGCCAUCAACAUCAUCACCGCCGCCAUGCUAACGCACCCGCGCAAGGACUUCGACAUCCCGCGGCUGUGUGCGGAGGCGGCGCCGACGCUCGCGGACUCGAAGAGGAAGGUGCGUCACGCGGCUCUCGAGCUGUUCGCCGUGUUCGACUACUGUCUGGACACCGGGAAGAAGCAGCCGCUCAUGAAGGCCGUGGACCGCGCGGAGCUAACGGGAGACGCGCAGGGCCUCAUGGCCGCCGUUCAGGCGCGGCGUGCGCGGCACAUACUCCCGCGGCUAGCGGCCGACGGCACCGUGGAGUACGCGCUCGUGCUGCCCAGACCGGGACACCGACGCCUGCCUCACCUGGGCUCCGGGGCCGAUCUGGACUGGGUCAUGAACGGAGGACGGGCUCCCGGGUCACGCGGCCCCGCGGACGCCGAGCUAGCGGAUGACGCUACGACGCACAGGAGGAUCGUGAGCGCCGGGAAAGGGAAGAACAAACUGCCCUGGGAGAGAUCGGCUCUCACGGCUAACGGGAAGUCACAUGAUCAGCAGGUUUGCAGUGAAGAUUCGUCCUCCUCCACGAGACUCUGCCGGGACGCCGCUGCCAAAUACAGCCCAUCAGAAGCGCUCCCGUCUCCGGGCCGGACCCACCGGGCUCUGGGUCGACUCCGCCGCAGCGGGAGCUUGGAUUCGGAUCCGGACGUUUUCAAAACCGCCUCUGAGCCCGAGAAAGGGCUGAGGAGCAGUCGUCUGCUGUCGGGGAGUGUGGAUCCUCCAGGCUCGUUUCUGCUGCCCUCGUACCCGCUGACCGCUCUGGCCGGAGCCGCUCCCCAGCGCACACACCCCGCGCCCGCGCUCUCCAUGUCCAGCACCUGGCCCAGCAGACGAGACGACACCGGUGAUGUGAGCUCCAGCAAGCGCUCUCCUCUGCCUCCUCGUGCCCCGCGCCGGAGCCGGAUCAGCGCCAGAGCCUCGUCGGAUCGGCUCGAUCUGUCCAUCAGCGCCGCAGGAGAUCCGGGAGAACCGGUGGACGACCCGCUGGACCGGCAGGAGAUGCUGAUCUCCCUGCGCUCGCUGAGGAACAGCGCGGCCAAGAAGCGGGCCAAGGUGAGCGCGAGCGGCUCCGACCCGGACCCCGACAGCCCCGACUCUGCCGUCAAGCUGGAGCUGCUUCCCGAUUCCCCGGAUCCGACGUCCCGGUCCGUCACGAGUCCUCUGAGCGAGAGCGGCCUGAGCCUGUACUCGCCCACCUCGCCCACCGGCACCAGGAGCAGCCCCGUGACCUCGGCUGCUAAACCACGAGUGGCGGCAGAAGCACGUGACCCCGGCGCUCAAGGCGUGACGCAGCAGGAUAAGAGCCUGUCUGAUGGGAAUGUGAGUGUGGUCGGUCAGAGACUCGUUUACAGGCCGUUAGAUGCAGACGAGGAAAAGCCUAGCGAUCUGACAUCAUCACCGCAGACCCGAGCCGCCGGCCGCGAGCCGCUCCGCGCGCUCAGACCCGCUAAAGGAUCUCAUCAGCACACGUCUCCGUCCUGCAUGUCCGAGGGCGUGAUCGGACGAGGAGUGUUUGGUUCGGUUGUUCUUCCCAGUCGUCCCAGUGUGGCGUCUUCUCCUGAGCAGGGCGACUGGUCCGGUCGAGCGGCCCGUGAGCCUCCGUCGGGCGUGUUCGGACACGCGUUCACCAACACACACUGCGACUCCGACGGCAGCCCUGACCCCGAGGAGCCUCAGGAGAGGGUAAAGCUGUCUAAGUUUGCGAGCGACAAAAUGCGUCAGCGCCGUCUAGAGCAUCAGGACCCGACGAGACGCCACACGCUCCUCGAUGAUGUGAAAGACGAGACCCUGAACGGGUGCGAGUCGCUCUCGGACGAGUCUCCCUCCAGUCCCACAGGACCACAGAAUCCAGCGAACAGCCUAAGCCCCGCCCACCAGCCCGCCCCCCCGCCCGGCCCGCCCAAUCGGAACGCAGCGCCGAGACUCAGACGCACGUCGAGUCUGAGCCGAACGCGAGCGCUUGUCGCACACAGCUCCGAUGAGCUGAUCCCUGGGAGCCCGAGGAAAGACGGGCAGGAUCCGGCUGAGCUUCGGCCCUUCUCUAAACCGGAGCUGGCACUCACUCAGAGCUUCCGGCUGCUCGGCUCGGACGACUGGGAGAAGAAGAUCGAGGGGCUGAACUUCAUGCGCAGUCUGGCUCAGUAUCACCCCGAUGUCCUCGCCAGCAGGACUCACGACGUGUGCCUCGCGCUCCUACAGGAGGUGCGUAACCUGCGCUCGGGCGUGUCGCGCGUGGCGGUGGCGGCGCUGGGCGAGAUGUUCGCGGCGCUGCAGAAGGGAAUGGACCAGGAGCUGGACGGGGCGGCCCGAGUGUUGCUGCAGAAAGCCGGAGAAUCCAACGCCUUCAUACGGCAGGACGCGGAGCGAGCGCUGGAGCGCAUGUGUGAACACUGCUCUCUGACCCGCAGCAUGAGCGCGCUACUCACCGGGGGACUGGGUCACCUGAGCUCGGUUGUGCGUAAGUGUGCGGCUCAGCAUGUGUGUGUUCUGGUGGAGAGAGCCGGUGCUGCUCGUCUGCUGUCCGGGACCAAAGACCUGACCGACCGCAUCCUUCCCGCCGUCUCCAAGCUGGCACAGGACUCGUCUCAGGAGGCCAGGUACUUCGGGCGACGGAUGCUGCUGUUUCUGUCCUCUCACCGGGACUUCGACAAAAUGAUGGAGAAGUUCGUCCCGGCUAAAGACCUGCCGGCCAUCAGGGACGCCGUCUUCACUCUCAAGACCAAGGGUUUGGGUGAAAUGCCUCAGGACGCUCCGUCGGCGCGGGGCAGACGCUCUCUCAUGGGCAGCGGGAUCGUGCGCACCUCGUCCCUCACGCGUGACCCUCUGACCGCCAGCAGAGACAGUGGUCAGUCCGUGAGCAAAGCGGCCGUCCACAGUCUGGCGGACAGAAGCGAGUACGUCGCGCAGAUGAAGACGCUGCUGAGCUCCAGAGACUUCAGGGAGAGGAUCAAGGCCUUGGACCAGCUGGUGUGCGACUGCGAGGAGAACCCGUCUCUCAUCACCGGCAGCCUGUUCCCGGUGUUUGACGCUCUGAAGGCUCGUCUGCAGGAGUCGAACAGUAAAGUGAACCUGCGAGCGCUGGAGUCGCUGCAGUCCAUCAUCUGUGUGCUGAGAGACAGUCUGGCUCCAGUGCUGAACAUCCUCAUUCCUGCCGUCGUGGACAAUCACCUGAACUCCAAGAACAGCUCCAUCUCCACCGCGGCGCUAGGGGCCGUUCAGGCUCUCAUACGCAACAUCGACAACAGCCUCCUCCUCCAGCCCUUCUGCUCCAAGGCUCAGUAUCUGAGUGGGAAAGCCAAACUGGACAUGAUUGAGAAAGUUGCAGAGCUGGUGGCGGAGCUGUAUCCUCGUAAACCACAGCUGGUGGAGCAGAAGGUUCUCCCGCUCUUCUGGAAGCUCCUCGGCUCCUCCAGUAACAGCGGCAGCAUCAAGAUGGCCGCCGCUAAGCUAGCCGAAGCGCUGCACACACACAUGGGCCGCACGCUGGUGGAGUGCGCCGCCUCACAGCCCGCCAACAUCCAGUGUGACCUGAACGAGCUGCUCCGGGCCCGACACACACACUCUACCUGAACACACACGCGUCUGCUGUCCACAGUGCCUCACGCUGCUCUCGGAAGAGGACCUCACACCUGACCGGAUCGGGUCAUGUGACCGAGAACACAGAAUGUACUCUUGAAAAUGCACAAUAAUACAAUGUUGUUUUGUAAGGUGUGCUAUGGAACAUUUCUAAGAGAUGUGUCGUUAUUAUUAUCAA